AUGGCAACUACCGAGGGCCUUGGCCCGCGUAUGGACCGCGACGGCUCGGUCGCAUACGAUGCGGCCCUGGAUCCGGCAAUACGUGCUCUGCUCGAUCAGCAACUAGAGAUCCAGGCCAAGCUCGCCGCCCUGCUUCCCCGCAAGUAUGGUCCAAACGUUCGCCUCGAGCUGGACAUGCUCCGCCACAAACUCCGGGUGCUGCACGUCUACGCCGAAGACAACCGUCUGUUGGGGAAAAUCCCAACCCUGUCGGAAAUCGAGGAGGCACGAUUCCUCCAGUAUCAGUGCGAGUGUAUAGAGACCGCUUGCAUGGAACAAGGCGUGGACAUUCAUGACCCUAGUUUCGUCCAAGCCUUGAAGCUGUGCCGAGAGGCAGAGGCACCACAGGGCUACCCGGCAUGGCUCGACAGAAACCUCUCGCAGUAUGACCCCGUCGCCCGUGCCUGGAGGCUCCGAGACAGCAUGCCAGUGCCUCUGGCGCACGGUGGUCUUGGUCUGGCGGCAGGCGCCCUCAAGCACUCGUUCAAGUGCAGCGACGACCGAUGCCUGCACUACAUCUAUGGCUUCACUCACCGGGAGGAUCGCGACCAGCACGCCAGGGAGCACAACCCACCACUCAAGCGGGACUCGGGCCUUUCGGUCAGCGAGAAUCCCCUCGUGUUUUCGGAUGCACUCAACUACCGCCCGCCAUACCCUGGAUACGCCAAGCAUUCGCCCACGCUGUAUCUGCCACCCCCGAGCGGCGCCUGUGCUGUCCACAUGCCGCCGCUCAGCCAUGAUAUGAAGAGCUCUCGAGAUCAGCGUGAAUCCCUGAGGACAUACUCGUUCGUAUCCGAGCAUCCCGGCCCGUCCAGAGGCUCGGUCGACUCUGAGGUUGAUCCCCUCUUGCCCCCGCUCAAGAGAAGCCGUGUCGGCCAGUCUCGCCUCGAAUCGAUAGAAGAACUGAGGUUAGGACGCGGCAUGGAGCCCUGCAUCCGUUGCAGGGCAUUCAAGAUGGCCUGCGACGCACACGAACCUUGCUCAGCCUGCUCCGACCCGUCGAGCACGGGGGGUUGCGACGAUGACAUCUGGAGAUUCCUUGGCUGCCACCGCGGCCCGCUCGACGCCCUGGCCGAAAUAAUGCUUCCGCCAUCGCUAUCCCCCAGGCAGAUUCAUACGCCCAUGACAUCUCCGUUGGCGCAGCAGCGGAAUAUGAACGAGUUCCUUGAGCGGACCUAUGCGGUUGCACCAGAUGUCGCGCGCAUGGUCAGGGCUAAUCUUGAUUUCGACGACGGCUUUUGGUGGACCGAAGACCUCGCCAGUUUACCACCAACCAACCCGAGCCGAGCCUCGUUCAUGCAGGAUUCCGUCGACCGGCCGCCUCCCGUCCUGGCCGUUCUUGCCGGCAGUUGGAACAUGGGUGGGACGGCGUAUAACUACUGGCAACUGCUCAAGAUGAGCGGCCUGAUAUCAGACUCGAGGGACGCCGAGGCUGCGACUUUCCCCAUCUUAUACCGUGCAAAACUAUUGCUUCGCGAGACCCUCCUAUUCGACCUGCAACAAGCGGAACCUUCAAUACACACCGAGACCAUGGCGCCAAACCCACCCCCAGUCUUUGAUGACAUGGACUCUCACGGCCGCUACCGCCUCGUCUACGGUUGCCUGACACAGUUCCUUCAGUCGUUCGAGGACGCCGUUAUGCGCAAAAGUAUGAUGGAUCGCAAGAGCUGGCUCGCCAUCUUUUUCUCAAUGUGCAUUUUCAGUAUAGUGAGGACGGUUCUAGUGGACAUGGCCAGCAUGUUUGCCAGGCAGACACCUGGCCUGCAACACAGCGUCUCCACCCCAAGCGCUGAUGCGGCGGCGGCGGCGGCAGCCGCUAUGCACACCCUUUACAAGGCACUUGCCGGCAUAUACACCACAUCGGCCCCGUCCAUCUUGGACGAGCUGGCGGUCGGAGCCAUGGACAUGCCCGAAGACGACCGCGAGCUUUUCACCACGGUCAACAUGAUCAUUCACCGCGAUAGCUGGGGCGAGCGUGGCAUCCAGUCUACUAAAGACUUUCUGAUGCUCCUAGGAGACGGGGGACAGGAAGGUGCCUUCUACCACGGCUUUGUCCGCCAGAGAUCGCCCAGUCGUGCAGGCUUGAUGGCGCUGCCGCCUAUGCUGCGUCCUGCCCCGGAUCAGGCCAGGCAGCUUAGCCAUGCGAGGUCUUUUGGCGAGGCCUGGCCGUCGAGCGCCUCCCUGUUCUCAGACAGGGAGUCUGGAGACUUCAGGGAUCACAGGGAGCCGUACUCGGCCAAGGGCACCGUGCCGGGGAGCAGCUUUCUGACCUCCCCGCGAGACAACGCGGACGGAAGCCUCGGAGGCAGGAGGCACACCACAGGGGGCGGAAGCCCAACACUAUCGCGUGCCAGCGGCAGCGUCGUGGGCCGGGGCCUGACGUCCCCAAUCCCGGCAUCCCGGGUCAGGUCGUCGGACCACCGGCCACCAUUACGGAGAGUGUUUUGCAGCAAAUGCAGCGAAUACCCCGAAGGCUUCAGGGGCGAGCACGAGCUGCGCAGGCACACCGACGCCAAGCACGCCGCAAUGGUUAAGAGGUGGGUGUGCACAGAGCCGCACGGCAGCAACCCCCUCACAUCGCCGCAGCCCGUCGUGCCGCUUUCAAAAUGCAAGGCGUGCGUGACGCAGAAGCGCUACGGCGCCUAUUACAACGCCGCCGCCCACCUUCGCAGGGCUCAUUUCAACCCCCACCGCGGCGGCAAGGCGAGUGGCGACUGGCCUACCAUGACAAUCCUGAAGGACUGGAUGCGUGAGGUGCGCCAAUCGGUCGACGUUCAGGAUCCCAUGGACUCGUCUGAUGGCGAGGACGACGCCGACUUUAAGCCCAUCAUCACCGACUUCAGCCCGCCGCACGGCCGCCGCUCACCCGUGCUGGACGUACCAAAACUCGCCCCAGCCCCGAGUGCAGGCCAUGUCAUGGCCCCCGCGGUGCCCUUGGCUCUGGCUCCGGCCCCUCCGCCGACGCUACAUCCGCCGCCGCCGCCGCCGCCGCCGCCCCCACGGCCCGUGCCUUCGCCAGCGUUGCACAUGGCGGGCCUGCAACAUGCCCCGCCUCCUCCGCUGCUGAUGACCAGCUCGCUGGACAUGACACCAAGCAAUGCCACGCUGUUGUUUCAGACAAACAGCCCUGGGCUGAGCCCGGUUUCCAUAUUCAACCACCACACGAUCCCGGGAAAGCUGUCCGAGGAGCCGAUGCAGCCGUCAAACAGGAACCGGUGUCCACAUCCUGAGUGCGGGCGCGUGUUCAAGGACUUGGCCGCGCACAUGCUUACGCACAUGGAGGAGAGGCCGGAAAAGUGCCCGAUCGAGUCGUGCGAAUACCACACCAAGGGGUUCGCGCGCAAGUACGAUAAGAACCGGCACGCGCUGACCCACUACAAGGGUACCAUGGUGUGCCCCUUUUGUCCCGGCGCCGGGACGGCCUACGAAAAGGCCUUCAACCGGGCCGACGUUUUCAAGAGACAUCUCACAGCGGUCCACAACGUCGAGCAGACGCCGCCAAACAGCCGCAAGAUGGUGCUCAGCACGGCGGCCAGGGCUGCGGCGGCCGCGUCAGCCGGCGAAGGCGGAGGCGGUUCGGCAUGUACUGGCGUGCAGGGCAAGUCGGGCGCGAGGUGCUCCAUCUGCCAGAGCCAGUUCCUCACAGCACAGGAGUUCUACGAACAUCUGGACGACUGCGUGCUCAACGUCAUUGUCCCGCCUACCCCCAAGAGCACCGGGGGGCCCUCAAGCGCCACGACGGUCGCCAGCGCCUCGGGCCCGGACGCGAGGAGAGACUCGGACUCCAACGCCAGCGUCCCCGGCUCCGCCGCCGCCGGCAAGUCACCGCUGGCCGGAGGGAGCGUAUCCAACAACGACCGCACAAUGAGCGUCAACGGCACAAUCGAGACUGACGACCCGUUAGCCCCCGUCAGCAGCGAUGACGUGUCCGUCGAGAAGACGGCAGUCAAGCUCGGCUCUUCUCCGGCGGCACCACCCGACAGGAUGGAUAUCGACUAA